AUGAAUAUCUUUUCAAAUAAUAUCCGUGGAAUUGGGGGUGAGGUUAAAAGGGAAUGGAUAAAAAAUUCGCGUAUUCAACAUCAUUCGGUCUUUGUCGGGUUGCAGGAAACGAAGUCGUAUGAGGUUAAAGGAGGUCUCGAUAAGUUUAUUUGGGGUCCUGGGAAUUUUCAAAGUGAAGUAGUCGAUCCUAUGGGUCUCUUUGGUGGAAUUGUUUCCCUUUGGGAUCCUUCUAUAUUUUGUGCAGUGGAAUCAAUUAAAGGAGUUGGCUUCCUAUGUAUAAAAGGGGUGUGGCUUAAAUCCAAGAAGACUGUCUGUUUUGUAAAUGUCUAUGCUCCCCAGGAUCUUAAUGAAAAAAAGUUACUGUGGAACAAGCUCUUUGAUCUUAUUAAUUCGGAUUCAAAUGUUUGUUGGACUGUCUUUGGAGACUUCAAUGCUGUCCGUUUUCCUGAAGAGAGGCUGGGUUCUAUUUUCUGCCCACAAGGUGCUUAUUACUUCAAUAAGUUUAUUUUUUUAGAUGGGUUGCUGGAAAUAAAAAUGGGUGGUCGCCGUUUUACAUACAUGAACUCUAAGGAGGAUAAACACAGCAAGCUUGAUAGGUAUCUUGUUUCUCCAAAUGUACUUGACUCCUGGCCGCAUCUAAAUGUCACCACCCUACCUCGUGUUCAUUCAGAUCACUGUGCAAUAAUCAUAUCCUCAAAUCAGCUUGAUUUUGGUCCCUAUCCUUUCCGGUUCUUUAACUCGUGGCUAAAAGACCAAAAUCUGGAGAUGAUUAUAGUGAAUGGAUGGUCCCUUGGUUUAAACUUUGGCUUGAAUAAAAUUGUCUCCCCACUUUCUGUGGUUGUUCAUAAACUAAAGAAUUUGAAGGAGCAUAUAAAAGCAUGGAGGAAAGAGGUCAUUGAAGCAAAUAAAAAGGAACCGGAUGAGCUCACAAAUACAAUCAACGCCAUUGACCUUCUUGCUGAAUCUGGUCCUAUGCAUGAGGAUCUAUUGAAGAAUAGGCAGUAUACAUACCAAAAAAUCUUGGAGGUUGAGUCUAGUCGCAUGGAGGAUCUUAGACAAAAAUCCUGA